CAUUAGCGCAGGUCUUUGUUCACCUUGCACUGUAGCCUAGAUUACAGUUAAAGACGGGUUUAUUUUAAAGAAGAGACCUAUUUCGAUCAUGAAUGUCGUAUGGGUGUGUCCCUGCUUUGCUGUGGUUUUGCUAACUUCCAUCGCGUCGUCUGUUAGGUAUGAACCAAACUGGGAGUCGCUGGACAAGCGUCCCUUGCCACCAUGGUACGACGAGGCAAAGAUUGGAAUAUUUCUCCACUGGGGAGUCUUCUCUGUACCCAGCUUCGAAUCGGCCUGGUUCGUCAAAUUGUGGAAGGACGGAAGGCCAUCCAUCGUGAAGUUCAUGAAAGACAACUACCGUCCAGGCUUCACAUAUGCAGAUUUUGCCUCUCAAUUCACCGCGGAAUUCUACGAUCCAGUCGAAUGGGCACGCCUUUUUAGCAACUCUGGUGCAAGUUCACAGCAGAGUUUUACGAUCCCGUGGAGUGGGCGAAACUAUUUGAAGCGUCUGGUGCCAGGUGAGAUUUACAAUGGUGCCGAUCCAGGUGCGCACUCCACCAUUUUACAAGGUUUCUAGACGUUUCGUACCCAA